AUGGACAUUUUGGGCCAGGGAGGAGAACGGGCUCCAGAGUCUGGUGCGGGGCGUGAGCAGGUGGGCAUCGUCGGGGGCUGCGACGUCUCGGCCAGGAGGUACCCCUGGCAGGUCAGCCUGAGGUUCUACAGCAUGAAGAAGGGCAAGUGGGAGCACAUCUGCGGGGGCUCCCUCAUCCACCGCAAGUGGGUGCUGACCGCUGCCCACUGCCUUGGGCCGGAGGAGCUGGAGGCCUGUGCGUUUAGGGUGCAGGUCGGGCAGCUGAGGCUCUAUGAGGACAACCAGUGGACGAAGGUGGCCGAGAUCCUCCGCCACCCCCAGUACAACGAGAGCCUGGCUGCCCAGGGCGGCGCGGACAUCGCCCUGCUGAAGCUGGAGGCCCCCGUGCCACUGUCCGAGCGGGUCCACCCCGUCUCGCUCCUGCCUGCCUCCCUGGACGUCCCCUCGGGGAAGACCUGCUGGGUGACCGGCUGGGGUGACAUUGGACAUGGAGAACCACUGCCCCGGCCCCUCAGCCUGCGGGAGGCGGUGAAGGUCAGGAGCAACGCCAUCUGCAACCAGAUAUAUUGCCACCGUUUUCCUUCCAACAACACGGAGCGAUUUGAGCAGGUCAUCAAGAACGGCAUGCUGUGUGCCGGGGACGGGAACCACAGCCCCUGCCCGGGCGACGCCGGGGGCCCCCUUGUGUGCAGGUGGAAUUGCACCUGGGUCCAGGUGGGGGUGGUGAGCUGGGGCACCUCCUGCAGUCACGGUGACUUCCCCGGGGUGUACGCCUGCGUGAUGAGCUACGUGUCCUGGAUCCGCCAGCACGUCCCUCCCUUCCCCGGGGCUGCAGGGGGUCCGCGUGAUGGAGGAGACCCCGCCUCCCAUGUGGACACCCUCCGCCCCUCCCCAGUUCCAGCCUGACUGUCCCGACACCCAGUGGUCCUCCGCCUGGCACCCACGUUUCCACUGCCCUUUCCUGCCCCUCAUGCACGUCCUGUCCUUCUCGAGGGAGAGCACUGGGCGGCUCUGCAGUCUGGUGUCUCCAGGAAGGUGGGUGUGUGAGGGAGCUGAGGACCCUGCUCUCCCACUGCCGCCUGCCCAGCCUGUGACUCUGAUUAAAC